UCCCGGCGGCGUCAGCGAAGGAGGCAGGGUGCGUUUCCGCAGCAACAGGGAACAUGGCAGCGCUCACAUCUCUCGGCCAGUUGACAAGCGGGAGUCCUGUCUUUGAGAACUUCUACAGACAGGUGGAUCCGGGCAACACGGGGCGAGUGGGGCCAACAGAAGCCGCCCUGUUCUUGAAAAAGUCGGGACUUCCGGACGUGACGCUGGGAAAGAUUUGGGAUCUGGCUGAUCCGGAAGGGAAAGGCUACCUGGACAAGCAGGGUUUUUACGUGGCGCUGCGUCUGGUGGCGUGCGCGCAGAGUGGCCAUGACGUCAGCGUGUCCAGCCUCAACCUCAGCGUGCCGCCACCCAAGUUUAAGGACAGCAGCAGUCCGUCCCUGAACACCUCCACGGAAGCUCACUGGGCCGUCAGGCCAGAGGAGAAGAACAAAUUUGACGGCAUUUUUGAAAGUCUGUUGCCGGUCAACGGCCUGCUCUCGGGAGAGAAGGUCAGACCCGUCCUCAUCAACUCCAAGCUGCCUCUGGACGUCCUCGGGAAGGUUUGGGACCUGAGCGACAUCGAUAAAGACGGGCAUCUGGACAGAGACGAGUUUGCCGUGGCCAUGCACCUGGUGUACCGCGCCCUGGAGAAGGAGCCCGUCCCGGCCCACCUGCCCGCCGCCCUCAUCCCCCUGUCCAAGAGGAAGAAAAGCCUGGGCUCGGUGGCGGGCGGCGUGCCCCCGCUGCCGGCCAGCCCGCCGCCGUCCAAAGAUUCUCUGCGCUCCACGCCGUCCCACGGCAGCAUGAACUCCCUGAACAGCACGGGCAGCCUGUCGCCCAAACACACCCUCAAGUCUGGACAGCAUUCCAUCAACUGGGCGGUCCCGGCGUCAGACCGCGGUCGCUACGAUGACAUCUUCCUGAAGACGGACGCCGACAUGGACGGUUUUGUCAGCGGGCUGGAAGUGAAGGACAUCUUCAUGCAGUCGGGACUCUCUCAGGGUGUCCUCGCCCACAUAUGGGCUCUGGCCGACACCAGACAGCUGGGCAAGUUGACCAGGGAGCAGUUCGGCCUCGCCAUGCAUCUCAUUCAGCAGAAGGUCAGCAAGGGUGUGGACCCCCCUCAGGCGCUGACGGCGGAUAUGAUCCCGCCUUCGGAGAGAGGAACUCCAGUCCUGAGCAUGUCGGGGUACAUGACGCCAGUGGGAUCCGAGAUGGCGGCGCUGUCAGAGAUGAGGAGGGCCAUAAUGUUCAAGUUGUGGGACAGCUCCAGCUCGGUGGGUUCGGGCGAGUUUACGGGUAUCAAGGAGCUGGACGACCUCAGCCAGGAGAUCGCCCAGCUGCAAAGCACUCUUGCCUUUACCCAGUGGAAUGCGCUCAGGCGAGCGGGUGAAGUGGAGCCUUUUCCAACUGACUUUGGGGAGAAGUACACGCUGGAGCAGGACAUCAGGGAGGCAGAAGAGGCCAUCCGGCACAAGAGCGCCGAGGUGCAGGAAAUGCAGAACGAGCUGGACCGAGAAGCCGCCUGCCUGCAGGAGCUGGAGGCGCAGAAACAGGAUGCCCAGGACCGCCUGGAGGAGAUGGACCAGCAGAAGCACAAGCUGGAGGACAUGCUGAACGAGGUCCGCAUCAAGUGUCAGGAGGAGUCUCAGAUGAUCUCGACGCUGCAGAGUCAGAUCCAGUCUCAGGAGUCAGACCUGCACAACCAAGAGGAAGAACUGAGCCGGGCCAAGGCCGACCUUGGCCGGCUGCAGCAGGAGGAGGACCAGCUGGGGCAGAGUCUGGCCGCCGGCAAGAUCCAGCUGGAGACCAUCAUCAAGUCCCUGAAGGCCACGCAGGACGAGAUCAACCAGGCACGCAGUAAACUGUCCCAGAUCCAGGAGAGCCAGCAGGAUGUGUCCAAAAGCAUCGAGCAGUACAACAGCACCCUGAACGGAACCCACGGAGGAAGCAUGACCAACCUGGCCGACAUGAGCGAGGGCUUCAACGACAGGGAGAACGGAGCCUUCCCCUCCAUGGGGGCGGAGGCCUCACAGGCGGAGGUGGCAAAACUUUGCGUCUUGCAGGAAGAUCCGUUCAAAGUGAAGCCGUCGGUGUUCAACAGUCAGCCUCAGGAGCUCCACGCCGACCCCUUCCACUCCGAGGACCCCUUCAGGACGGACCCUUUCAAAGGAGACCCCUUCCAAAACGACCCCUUUGCAAAGCCGGCAACAGCCUCUGCAGAUCCGUUUGGUGGCGACCCAUUCAAAGAGACGGACCCGUUCAAGGCCUCGUCUGAAGAUUUCUUCAAGAAAACCACAAAGACGGACCCCUUCGCCACAGCGGACCCCUUCAGCAAGAGUGCCACGCUACCCUCCAAGCAAUUGAGCCAUUUCACGAGCGGCGACCCGUUUUCCUCCAGCAACUCCAAAUCCAAAGGGGCAGAUUUGUUUGGCACUUUGGAUCCGUUUGGCAGCGGCUCGUUCAGCAGCAGCAGUAAAAGCAGCUCCGCCGGGUUCGCCGACUUCAGUCACAUGGGCAAGCCCCGAGACCCGUUCGAAGGCCGCGCCAGCUGGCUGCCAGACUACCAGAAGGCUGCGUUUGCAGAUGAUCCAUUCAGCAGGAAGAGUGACACGCCCGCCCUGCCGCCCAAGAAAGGAGUUCCUCCGAGGCCCAAACCCCCCAGUGGUAAGACGACGCCGGUGAACACGUCCGGCCCGGCGGACCCCCCCAAGCCGUGCGACCCCUUCCAGCCGUUCGGCCGGGACGGCGCCGACCCCUUCCAGAGUAAAAAGGGGCCGGGGGACCCCUUCAGCGGCAAGGACCCCUUUGCCCCGCCGUCCUCGGCACCAGGACCUGACAAGGUUAAGUUUAACAACGAGGCCCAGCAGCUGGAGUGGGCCAAGCGGGAGAGCGAGCGAGCCGAGCGGGAGCGCCUGAAACGUCUGCGGCAGCAGGAGCAGGAAGACCUGGAGCUCGCCAUCGCCCUCAGCAAGGCCGAGAUGUCCAACGCGUGACCGCCCGCUCGCCGAACGACCAAUGUGACACUUGAUUAUUAUCUUCUCUCUCACACUCGCGCGCACACACACACACACACACACACACGAUGAACGCUCCCAGGAUGAACAAAAACGCAAACCACCUCUGAGUUUUGCGUUGAGCCCAAGCGACAUUUUCUCUUACGGGAGCGUCGGUUAGCAUCUUCUGUUGCUAAAAGAACGCUCUGGAAUGACUGAAUGGGAUUAGACGCUCUUCUUCAUCAUCCUCAUCAUCAUUAAUGAUUCACUGUGAUGAGAGGUCAGAAAAGGUCAGAAAAACCUCAAUUUUUGUGUUCCUUAAACCCCUGUGGGUCCUUCUAACUGGAGUCACUCCCGAGCGUCCAAUCCCGACACUUCUGCACAACAAAAGGACGGACAUUCGGGAAGUUAGCGACCAGCGACGUUAGCUCGCGGUUUUCGCCCCGUUGUCAUCGUCGUCUUUCCGCCGACCUUUCGACACGGUUUCUAUUUCCCGUGUGACUUUCCGGAAACCUGCUCGUUAGCUUCAUUGACGACUCUAAAUUGAAUGUGAGGGCGAAUGGUCGUUUGUCCUGCCAUUGACUGGCGACCAGUCUGGGGUGUGCCCCGCCUCUCGCCCGAGCUCAGCUGGGAUUGGCUCCGGCGGGAUGGAUGGAUUUCCGCUGAAAGACAAACGACGGCGUAGCGCUAAAGCAGUAUUACCUUGUAAUUGCACGUUUGUAUCAUUUUGAUGAAGUCAUCAGGGAAUCUUGUUGUUUUUUUUUAACCCAAAUGUUUGAAGCUUAUGUUUUGGGGAUGUUUUAAACUUCCGCUGACGAUGUCGUCAAACUGACAAACGACUUUUUUGAACCACUCGUUAACGGUUUCAACUUUUGUUGUUUUGGAUGGAUGUGACUGAACACACUGCUGACUUUUGUCCUCAUUCAUCUGACAUACUUAUUUAUUCCUAAUGUUGGGAAGUUUACAUUGCGCUCCCUUGAAGAUCAAAACCACUUAAAAAAAAAAAAAAAAAAAAAAACCACACAAACGUUUGUCGAAUGUUGUGAUUGCCGUGCUGGAUAGACACGACUCGAAGACAAACAAAUGACACACUCCUGGUUAAAAAAUAAUAAUAAUUAUGCGGGUCCCCAGACGGGACCUGGGGGGAUGAUACCCCCCAUCAACCCCUCACCUCCCACCCCAUGUUGUGUCUGUCGAAUCCUGUCUCGAAACUUGAAUUUUACACCACUGGCUAUCGUCACGCAUCUGAGUGACGCAAAAAUGCUGAUGAAAAAAAGCAAGAAACUAAAAAUGUUGGUUGUAUAUUUUUCUUUUUAUCAAUCGGUCUGAUGUAAGUUUCCAUCAGGACUGUAACAAAAGACGACUUUUGAACUGUACGAGCUAAAUUCUUGUGUUAUUGUUAUUUUUUUCCAAAACGCAAAUGUUCCUAUUAAUGUGAAGUGUCUGAAGAUUGGUCGCCUUCAAGUUGCUAUGCAGCUGCCGCUUUUGCCGAAUUUCAAACGGGUUCUCACCGUUUUUGGGUUUACAGUACACAGAACCAUUCGCUGUUUUUUUGGUAAGCUAAAUGCGCUAACACGCUGAGCCAGGGAGCCAGUCGUUUUCUUGAGUCUCUGGAUUGAUUGGUUGCUCUGCUUUUGCUCCUUUAAAUUGGUGGAUUAUGGCUAGCUCGCAGGCUAGCUCGCUUGUGUCUGUCUGCCAGGACUGCUAACAUUGUAGGCACAGUUUCAUUUGAUGGAAUUGUUCAAUUAUGAUGUGAAGUAACCGAUGGCUAACCGCCACCUAAUAACUUGGCACACUAACAAGCUAACAUUGUAGCAUGCUGAACCAUCAAAGAAGUUGUUUUCUUGAGUGGCUAGAUUAAAUUAAUGGUGGCUCUGCACGCUAGUGCUAGCUCGUAGGCUAGCUCUGCUAAUGUUAGCUUGUUGGUGUAUUACCGCCUGGACUGCUAACUUGGUAACACGUUUUUAUCAUUUAUAUUUUGUUGUAAUGUAAUGUAAACAGCUAGAAUGCUAAAAAAUCAAACCAAUCAUUUUCUUGAGUCCUUUUAUCAAGUUUUUUUUUCUAGCAGCUAGCUCUCACUAGUUCAGGUGAUGUUAGCGUGUUUGUUUUCCUGCCUGGGCUGCCAACAUUUUAAAAUGCCUGUUUUCAUUUAGGCUUUGUUAACUUUAUCACUUAUCACUACGAUAUGUUUUGGUCGCUAGCCGUCGGCUAACAAGAUGGUGGCUCAGCUUGUGCUCCUCCUAUCUCGCAGGCUAGCUUUACUCAUGUUAGCUGGUCGUAGAAAUGUCACAAAUGGGCUUUUAAAAAUAUCUCUGCCGUUUCGCUAACAAGCAGUAGCUAGCCACCAGCUAACAUGCUAGCCUGCUUCUAUUGAGUUUGGCAUGUGUUUCACGUAGCGGAGUUGCUAACUGGUAGCUAGGCACCACUGUAGGCAAUGUCGCUGCUAAUGAGCUAAUUUGUGUGUGUCAGACAUCGUCAAAGUUGCUUCAUCGCCGUCGUACCUUUUGCGUUUAUGCGAAGCUAAUUAGCCUAGCCUCGCUUUGUCUCUUCCAUUGAGCCCUACUGUGAAACCUCAGCUGUGCGCCUUGUACUGCUUUUUGAGCGGCGACCGUUCGAACCGUUCAUGCUGUAUUUGUCUCCCUUGUGCAAUAGGUGUUUUAGUUUUUAUGUCAUGUAUGUUGUUUCAUGUGUUUCAUCAGUUUGAUGCACUUGCAGCUUCUGAUCCCUUUGGAGAAAUGAAACAUUUCGGGGAGUAAGAAUAUUAAGAGGAUGUUUUUAACCCUGUUUUCUUGACAACGUGCACAUUAUUUUUUUUGCUGAGCUGUCUUAAUCCAGAUGCUGUGUAUACUUUCACAUCUCUUGUAUGAAGAAAAAGUGUUACACUAACAAUCGAGUAGCCAAACGGUGGUCGUCUCGAUUGGACGUUUUUGUUGAAAGAAAGGAAAAAAAAAAAAAAAAAAGACUUCUACCUGACACGUGUCUCCUCUUUCCUUUGGAUGCAUACUUACACGCAUAAAAAAACAAAUAUAUAAAACUUUUCCUCGAAAGUAGUAGUGGAUUGUAGAAGGUGUUGGAGCAUGGCGAAGGCCGUAGAAGCUUGUUUCAGGUAGUUGAACCAUAGCACAUUUUCCUGUGUUUGUGAUACUUUGUUAUGGUCCGAUGAAACCAAAGUUGAACAUUUUGGCCAUCGUUCCAAAAUGUAUGUUUGCCAACAUCAUCUCAAGGAUACCAUAAUGAAGCUUGGUGGUGCUGGCGUCAUGCUUUGGGGCGGUUUUCUGGGGCUUUCCACAAAAUGGAAGACAUUAUGAGCAGUUCCCAAUACUGUCAGUGUUAGCACAAAACCAGGCUUCUGCUACGUAGCAAAACUAAUGGGAGGAAAAGUCUCCUCAAACAGCUGAACUGUAUUUGGGGUUCAUUAGGAAUUUGAAAAGUUUGCAGGUGUGUACUUACUCCCCUUUAACAUGAGUUUGAAUGCGUUUGGUUCAUUCUGAACAGUCACUUCCGAGUUAUAAGAGGGUGUGCACACUUCCCCUCUUGAAAAGAUUUUGUAGAACUCAUCAUUUUAAUGAUUCAUCUUGCUCUUUUUUUAAUAUGUCACUAAAACCUGGCAUUUCAACAGGGCUGUGUAGACUUUUCAGACCCACUGUAUAUAUGAGGUGUGUCAGAAAGGUUCCAGGACCGAGGAUCUUGAAUAUACAGCAUUUCAAAUCCAAACCGCCCGUUUCCCCCUUGGAAGUAACCCUCCUGGAGUCCCAAGGCACUUUUGCAGCCUUCUCUGCUACACAUUGGUGCGGUCCUGGAAGAAUUGUUCCGGGAUCCUCCGCAGCACCGUCGUCCACGUCUUCAAACGGUUCCCCUUUAUGACAUCCGUCCUUGAGCUCGCGAAAGAGGAGAAAGCACAUGGAGGUUGCUUCAGCGCGUCCGGGAAGCGGCGGAUGCUCAGGACAUCGCGAGCAGCCCUGUCGCGGUGAAGCCGCCACAAGUUGUCCUGCCGCAACUCUGAAGGAUAAAACUCCCAGCUUGGGUUUGAAAUAUAUGGCGGCUGAAAUCAGUAUUUGACAUUUUUCUCACUAAAUAUAUUUCCAAAGGUGCCAUUGACAUGAAAAUUUCGCCAGAUGCUGGCAACAAUCCAAGUAAUCCCUAUAUACAAAAAAGUAGAACAAAUAAGAUCAGAAAUUAAGUUGUGUAAUAAUGUGAGAUGACACACGGAAAAAGUAUUGAACACGCCAAGCGAUAUUUAUUGAAUACUUUUACAAAAGCCUUUGUUUGCAAUGACAGCUUCACGACGCCUCCUGUACGGAAAAACGAGCCUCAUGCAUCGCUCUGGUGUGAUUUUGGCCCAUUCCGCCACACAAGCAGUCUUCGACUCGCGAAGGUUCUGUGGGCUUCUUUUGUGGACCUUGAGUUUCAUUUUUUUUCCCCCCCCCAAAGAUUUUCGAUUGGAUUCGAGUCCGGUGAUCGACUGGGCCGUUCUUCGUUUAUUUCCCUUUGAAACCUUUUGAGAGUUUCCCCGGCAGUAUGUUUUGGAUCAUUAUCCUGCUGAAAUGCCCCCCCCGCCGUUUCAUUUUCAUCAUCCUCGUCCAUGAUAGCAGAUUUUUGUCACGAAUGUCUCGGUACAGGCGGCACGGCGGCCGACUGGUUAGAGCGUCAGCUUCGCAGUUCUGAGGACCCGGGUUCGAUCCCCGGCCCCGCCUGUGUGGAGUUUGCUUGUUCUCCCCGUGCCUGCGUGGCUUUUCUCCGGGCACUCCGGUUUCCUCCCACAUCCCAAAAACAUGCAUGAAUUGGAGACUCUAAAUUGCCCGUGGGCAUGACUGUGAGUGCGAAUGUUUGUCUGUUUGUAUGUGCCCUGCGAUUGGCUGGCAACCGGUUGAGGGCGUACCCCGCCUCCUGCCCGAUGACAGCCGGGAUAGGCUCCGGCACGCCCGCGACCCGAGUGAGGAGAAGCGGCUCAGAAAAUGGAUGGAUGGAUGUCUCGGUACAUUUGCCCAUUCAUCCUUCCUCCAACGAUGUGAAGUUUACCAGGCCCAUUUGCAUAAAGCGGCCCCACCCCAUCAUGUUCCCACCUCCCAACUUCACGGUCGCUAUGCUAUGGGAGUAGUCGGAGGGAGGAGGUAUUCAAAUCUAUCAAAAAGUAGCGGAAGGUUGUAGGUAGUCGAUAGUGGUCGGAGGUAUUGGAAAGCAUCCGACACGUCCCGAUCCUUAAAUUGCAGUUUUGCCAGCCGUUGCGCUCACUUGGCCCAGUAGGAGGCGUUCUCGUCACAUCCUUCCCACAGUGCACUCUGCUGACAACGAAUAGCUGAUGAAAAUAGGAUUCAUUUAUUUACAAAGUCGUCAUUAAAGCAAACAAAAGAAGAUUUAGCUUGAGUAAACAUGCUAAUAGUAUAAACCAAACUUUCUUCCCCAUACCCCCUCUUUCUUUUCUGACGCGGUGUGUUAGUGAUUCGUACGUUUGCCUCGCACUUCUGAGGUUCUGGGAUCAAGUCUCAAUUUUCAUGUCAUCAAGUCAUGUCGUUGUUCAUAUAGUUAGCUGGCAGUUGUCGGUCCAGUUGUUGCCAUCAACGGCGCGUGUAGAGUUGUUACCACAUACUCGUAGUCUGUCUGACAGUUGUCGUUACUUCGAGUUCUAUACGUCUUGUUCCAUCAUCGUGUCGUCGUUUGCGGUUCAGAGUUGUCGCGAUAAAGUCGUCAUCUUUUAUCCUUUGAGUUGUUAUGCUUGCUGCUGUACUAAAGUUGCAUGCGGUUAGUCUGGCCGUUGUUGGUUUCAAAUCGUGCAGUAUUUCAUACAUGUCGUGGAAUAAUCUGUUACAAUCAGUUCCGAUCAAGUUGUGUGGUUAUUACAACUGUCGUGCAGUUCUGCAGUCAGUCGGACGGUCGUCGUAUCCUGCAGCUAGUUGUACAGUUCCGAUGAAUACGUACUUGUGGAGUUGCUAUGGUGAUGUCGAAAUGUGUCACGUGACCCGGCAGGAAGGUUCAGUGAGCCGCUGUUUGAUGUUAUCGGUUUAAUUAUAUACAUACAUUUUCUCUUUGUAUAUAGCGUACAGACGAGCGUUUUGUGUCCACGAGAGGGCGCCGUCACGCUGCGUGAAAAGCAGUUUUGCGAGAAAACGUCGUCGUCGUCGUCGUCUUCUUGGGUUUUGCGUCCUUGUGGGGGCGCACGAAGAGCAGUUCUGCACCAAAACGUUGUGGCCGCCUUUGCGUCCGCAGACGCAAAGUCGGAGGAGUGCCAGCUCCCUCCGGCGUCACGUGCUGCUGACUUGUCAUCUGUUACACUUUUUCAUUCAGGACAACGUUCUAUGAAAUAUGUAUUCGUUGCGCCGACCCCCGAGCAAGGCGCGCAUCACAUGUGUCUCUUCAUGUGCAGGGCCAGGUGGUCGGAGCGGGAGAAGGCGCGCUCGCACAGGUGGCACCGGAAGGGCCGGUGCCCGGUGUGCUUGCGGAAGUGGCGCGUCAGCUCGUCGGAGCGGGCGAACUUCCAGCCGCAACCUUCCCACGUGCAGUGGUAGGGUUUCUCUCCUGGAAAAGAAAGGAGACGAGUGAGUGAUGUUACGCGGGCGGGCGACGGGGCGGCGGGCUUACCCGUAUGCGUCCUGUGGUGCGCCUUGAGGUGCGAGCUCUUGGUGUACGUCUUGCCGCAUCCGGCGUAGGUGCACGUGUGGGCGGCGGUGCGCUUGCGGGGCCAGGUGCGCCGCCCCCGGCGGGGCUCGCCGUCCGUCGAGUCCGGCGGCGACGACGGCGGCGUCGGCAGCGGGCGCCGCCCGCCGGACUGCUGCUGUUGCGGCGGCUGCGUGUACAAGGCGGGAAAGUGGCAGUGCG